AUGGCUGAGGAGAAUCAGAACAAGUACGCGGAGACCACAUCCGCAACCAACUCUGAGACAGAGAUCAAGGACAGAGGUGUUUUUGAUUUUCUGGGUGGUAAGAAAAAGGAUGAAGAACAUAAGCCUCCUCAAGAUGAGGCGAUUGCUCACGAGUUUGGUCACAAGGUGACUUUGUAUGAAGCACCUUCAGAAACCAAAGUUGAGGAGGAAGGUGAAAAGAAACACACCAGUCUCUUGGAGAAACUUCACCGAUCUGACAGCUCAUCAAGCUCGUCAAGUGAAGAGGAAGGAGAAGAUGGUGAAAAAAGAAAGAAGAAGAAGGAAAAGAAGAAGAAAGAGGACACUUCUGUGCCAGUUGAGAAAGUUGAGGUUGUUGAUGGAACAACAGGUACUGAGGAAAAGAAGGGCUUCCUUGACAAAAUUAAGGAGAAGCUUCCCGGAGGACACAAGAAAACUGAGGAUGUAACAACUCCUCCACCCGUUGUUGUUGCUCCUGUUCCAACUGAGACAACAGCAACAACUACAACUGGUCAUGAGGGAGAGAAGAAAGGUAUUUUGGAAAAGAUCAAAGAGAAGCUUCCUGGUUAUCAUGCUAAGACUGCUACUGAUGUUGAUGACAAAGAUCAUCAUAAAGAUGAGACUACUUCUCAUUGA